AUGUCUUGGGCCGUUGCGUGCCCGUUGCCCGCGUAUCUCAGCAGCUCUCGCCAAGAGAGCUACAGCGCUUGUUCUGACGGCGGGCCAAACAUGAGGAGGUUACAGCACAAUUGGCCAUGCCUAAGUGCAGAGCAGCGCAUGUGCUUGGAGAGAGCGGCGGCCAUCCGGAUCAUUCUCCACACAGGGCUUCCUUGGAGCAAGGGCUGCGCAGCAUAUGCCAGGCAGUGUGCUGAGCCGAAGCGUGGCACCAGGCACCUCAUUUUUUCAGCAACGCUGCUUGGCUUCGUGGGCGUCGCUCACUCAGCAUGCAAGUAG